AUGGCAGGAAAUGCUGGAGAAAGUAGUAGAAAUCAUACUUGUGUUGGAAUAAUAGAUUAUCAUGGCGACAGCAGCAGCAACAGCAGCAUCUUCAAAGUUCCCCAGGUGCUUCGGAGACAAAAGGAAGCGGCAUAUACACCUGACGUCGUCUCAAUUGGCCCCUACCAUGCUACAGGCGGCGAACAAUUUGAACCCAUGGAAAAAGUGAAGCGGAGGUAUUUGCAAGAGCUUCUCUCUCACAUGAAAAUAGAUUUGGAAACGUUGAUUGGAUUUGUCAUCAAGUCUUCUGUUAUCGGAAAGGAAGGCACCGUGGAGUUUGAAAAACGAGCCCGAGCUUUUUAUGCAGAACCACUGGAGCAUUUGAGCUCCAAAUGCUUCGUUGAAAUGAUGGUACUGGAUGCUUGCUUCAUGAUACAACUUUUCCGAAAGUCUCUGAAUGGUCAAAGUAAAAAAGACAUUAGCGAUCCUAGCGAUAUUGAUCCAGUAUUUGGCGUCCCUUGCAUGUUCCAAUAUGUGUGCCAUGACCUUCUGCUACUAGAAAAUCAGAUACCUUGGUUUGUGAUCGAGAGUAUAUAUAACGUCACAGUUGACAAGUACCCUGGAAUAUACCCAGCCCCCCUCCCUAGGCUUGUUCUUGUUAGCCUCUCCACACUACGGCCACUGCACCAUAGUUGCAAUUCCUAUAUAAACAAGAUUGAUAGCGGCGAUAAGGACAAUGGUGUUGAUAAGAUCCUGCACAUACUUCACCUUAUAAGAACUUCCAUCGUUUUCCCACUCAAAGGUAAAUCUAAAGGCCACCACUUGAAGCUACACGUAAUGCAUCGCGCGACAGCUCUCUCAAAGGCAGGCAUCAAAUUUAAACGCACCAAGCCUGCUCAAAGUAUAAUGAUGAUGAAUUUUGAAAAAGGGGAUUUCACAAUUCCACAAUUAGCAAUUGGAGAACUGACUGAAUCAUUGUUCAGGAACCUCAUUGCCCUUGAGCAAUGCUACCAUGCUUAUUGGAAUGAAAUAACAUCUUAUGCCAUCUUAAUGGAUAAACUCAUCAUCUCGAGCGAGGACAUGAGGGUUCUGUGUGAGGCCGGGGUGAUAGCUAACUGGCUCAGCGCUGAAGAUGGUACCAAGUUCUUCAACAAUCUUUACAAUGGCACUUGGCUCGAGACCUUCUACUAUGGUGAACUUUGUGAUAAAGUAAACAAAUAUUAUGACGAAGAAUGGAACGUUUGGUGGGAAUUGCUGAAGCGUGAAAAGUUUUCUAGCCCAUGGAAAAUUAUUUCCCUCAUUUUAGCCAUUAUCCUGCUUGGUCUCACCCUUUGGCAGACCGUCUAUAACAUCCGCGACCGCAUGUAAGGAGACCACAUCUCCAAAUUUAAACAGAUCGUACUUUUAUUAGAGAUGAGAUCGCUUUACCCCGAAUAAAAUCUUUCUAAUUAAGCAUUGUCAUUUGUUUGUACUUAGCUGAAUUACAUUGUGGGAUGAAGGUUAGUUUUACCUUGACAAUAAUGUAUUUUUCAUUUGCUCGU